AUGCUACGACGGAAAAGCUCCCGAAGCUCGCACCGACGGCCACUUGGUCGAAGCAAGUCCACCAGCUCUAUUGCCAGAAGGCGAACUGAUUAUGUGGUCAAUAUUGAUCCGGCAUCUGCAGAAAGAGAUGCACAUAUUGCGGCCAAUCUCUCGUAUUGUCGGGCUCAUAUUCGUCAUGAUCACUACAUUGCUAAGGGGUUUCGUGAUGGGCCACCUGGCUCGCCUCUUCGCAGGAGCAACACUGUCAAUGGCCGCCUGGAAAGCCCACCAAAUGGUAUUCCAAAGAGGAAGCAGAGCAUACGGUUCACGGGGCCUAAUGCUAGACCUCAACGGCAACUGGCUGCUCGAGCAAAGCCAGUAGUGCGUACCAGCCGACCCAAGUCGACUGACACGGUGAAAUCACACGAGGCUACACAACGCUUCCCUGGCUGCUCGAACUAUGAGGAAUCCAUCGAGAUGUCACAUAUUUCCCGAAACAGUAGCUCUUCUGCUUUGAGUCGAGGUGGAACCUAUCUUGCAGAUCCUAUUGGUAUAGCACCUGUGCGACCAUUCUUAGGAUCUCUUCGGAAGUCCAAAUCCAUGUACAGCCAGUCAACUGUUUCGGUGCCGGGCUAUGACGAACACUCGUUUAUUGAUAAGCUGAAGCCAUUGCCACUUACUCUAUCCACUGCACAGAACCACAAUAGGCAGAAUGAAGCAGAUCUGUAUUCCAUCAGGCGGAGUUUGCGAGCUCCAAAAUCGAUGAGCUAUCUUGACUUUCAGAGCACGAAAUCGGUGGCAGGCGAACUCGAGAAUACACGGACUGAAUAUCACCCCCGAGGCAAAGUAACACAAUCAAAGGGGUCCUUCCGUCGUCUCAAGUCCCACUCAUCCAUGUUCUUUCGGUCCAAGCAACGGCGGCAAGACUGCUCAAUUGGAUUGUCCAGUUCGUUGCGAAAUAGCAGUGACAACAGCGCCGCGCUCUCUUCGGCGUUCUCUGGUAAGACCACACCUGCUGCGAGGCAUACUGGAAUACGAUUCACAGCGAGACGGGUAUCGAAAACUGUUCGGAACAAAUUAAGUAGACUAUUUGGUCGAUCGAAGAGUACCGACACCAGCGGGAAUGAGAUGGGAGCUAAUGUACCUCAUGACACCGACAGCGACAGUUUUCGUCACCUUACUGAUUCUCCACCAAUUGAAGAAGCCUCUAUGUCCAGAGUUGCGUCUCACGUCCCAUCAAUUCAUGCGGUUCCGUCAUGUCAGCAGAUGCGGUCUCGCCAAGGAAGCUUGGAGUCCGUACCACCCGAGGAGAAGAACCAGGCCGAUGACAAGUCCCGUGUUACCAGUUGGACGAACUCGACGGCAAAUACUGUCCUAAGCUAUGGAUUCAAUGACGUCGUUGAGCACGAAUAUCAGCGUUUGUCUGUGAUUAGAGAAAAUGGCAUGCAUGUCCCAUCAUCCUCACGCACCAGCCCUAUCCAGGACUGGCAACGUACCACGACGUACGGACCAGCAGUACCGGGGAUGACCAUAAACAGCCAGAGAGUAUAUUCAGCACUGAUGAAAAAGCUAGCCCAUACUCCGGACACGACGGAAAGAGCGCAGGCUCACGAGCCAACGAGUCAGGUACCAGAGGACUCAGUGCCUCCCAGACAAAGUUCGCUCGAGCAAGUUGGCUCCCAGGCUUGGUCGCCAACAACAAUACGAUGCAUUGGAACGAGCGAAGAUGAUGUAUUCGAGGAUACCAAAGAAGUUGCUUCACUGAAACACGUCUCGGAAUCUGGAUCGUAUGACAAAUACGGAGAAUCAUGCAGCAGGGUGCCGGGGAAACGGCCCUACAAAGCAUAUCCCACUGCCACUGCCGGUGAUGGAAAAGGGCUAUCGCCAGACAAGAUGGCUGGUCUUCCGCCGUCGUCAUCAGGGCGGGCAUCCUUGAGGACUGACAGAAACUCGACGUUUUCUCCCAGUCUGGACAACCACUUCUUCCGUGCAACCAGCCCUUACCGUAGGGCAAUCCAACAAAGUAUGAAGGAACACCAAGAGCCCGGCCAUACUCACGCUUUGGACACCAGGUAUCUCAGCACGCUAUCUGCGUUGAGUCUCCCUACUCGGCGCCCAAGCACGGUGGGAUCAGAGCGAGACAUGCGCUUAACAUAUGCUGAAAGCUUUUAUUCAUUUACUACUGAAGAAUUAACAACAACCAGGCCAGAUGGAACGGCUACGCCGCCAACUGCUGACAACAAGAGAAGCACAGCAGCGGCCAUCUUCACGCCGGUUGAGCAGGUCGCCGACGUCGCAACACCAAUACAAGGUCGUGACUUUUCCGCAGGAAGUUCAGUGGAGUGGAAGACUUGGCUCAGCGCCGACAUUUCGAAGCUAGAAAAGCCGAGUGUUGCUACUGCACGGUCGCCGCACAUAGAACAGCCAGACAAUGCCUUGCAGUCUGUGGGACAUGUUCGGGAAAGUGCCGAAAUUGAGUCGCCCGGAGAAACACCAAAGACAGCCCCUACGAGUGUCGGCGGAGAAGGCAUAUGCGAGGCCUUAAGCCCACCAUCUAUUGGAACCCGCACAUCGUCGAUACGGACAGGGAGCCCGUUGAAAUCUGCUGAGCGCGCUGCGCAAGCAAGCGACCCAAGCAAGGGUGAUGAGAUACAGAACCCAGCAUCUUCAACCGCUCCGCCUAUUCCAUAUCGACAUGCUCUUCGCCCUACCACUAAUGUGCCUGAAGUUGACGACAAUACGUCUCCUAUCUCGAUACAGUGUCCACCUGGUUUGCUGCAGAUGCGAUCGCUCAACACAGUUCCAACCGUGGAACCACAAGAUGGCUUGACGUGGAAGGGGUGUGAGCAAGAGAACACAAGAGCUGGAUCAUUGACUGAAUCCAAGUCUAUUCCCGGACUCACAUCCGCAACCCAACGGCCUGCUGGUAGGAAAUUGAGCCCACCGGGAAAGUUCAGUUCUGGAGCAUCGACUUGCCCCCGCAUGUCUGAGAGGCAGGCACCAUUGCCAAAUGGUCUAUCCGAAUCAACCAAGUCGGAGUGGGAUGCCCAGAUCAAGGGCAGUCGACGAAUGGUUGACUUAUUUUUGAGCAAUCGUCGCAAGGCGAUUCAAGGAACCAUGUCGAGAAACACGAGUGAGAACUAUUCGGCGGCAUUUCUGUAA